AUGGAGUUACCAACUGAGAUUGGCAACCUCUCCAACAUAAGAUGGCUGCAGUUAUGUAACAAUAAUUUGUCUGGAGAGAUCCCUCCAUCAAUUCAAAAGAUGGAACAAUUACAAGUACUUGAUUUAGAAAAUAAUCUGUUCGCUGGUGAGAUCCCAACAUGUUUGUUCGAUUUCAACUACCUCUUAGACUUGAGUCUUGGGGAGAACAAACUUGUUUUGAAAAAUGCGAGAAUAGCACCAAGGUGCAUGUUAAUGCGUCUAUCAUUGAGAUCAUGCAAUCUUUCAGGGCAAAUUCCCAUUUGGAUUUCCAACCAAACCGACCUUGCCUUCUUGGACUUGAGUAAUAAUAACCUUGAAGGAACUUCCCUCAAUGGUUGGCUCAAAGAGAUCUCUCAGCUUAAUAAAUCUGCAUUCUGGCUACCAAAUGAAAAUGAUUUGUUAUUGCAUGAUUUGGAAGUCUUCUGGAAGAAGUUAAAGCGAGGUCUGCCAAAUAAAAACCUUCAACUAUAUACUUUUAUAGACCUAUCUAACAAUCAAUUAUCAGGUGAAAUUCCUAACAGUUUAGGUGGGUUGAAAGAUUUGAAGUCACUAAACUUAUCUCAAAACAAACUCUCUGGAAGAAUACCUUCGAGUUUUGGUGGUCUGCAAAGCUUGGAAAGCUUAGAUUUAUCACACAACAAUUUUUUUGGUGAAAUUCCUUACACAUUGGCAAAUCUCUUUGAGCUGAGUUACUUAGACUUGAGUAACAAUAAACUAAAGGAUCGCAUGCCAAGUGGUCCUCAGAUGGAUCGGAUGAACGAUCCAAAUUCUUAUGCCAACAACAGUGGAUUGUGUGGAACACAAAUUAAAGUAUCAUGUGAGAAGGUGCCUUCUGAACCAAAGCUAAAAGAGGAAAAGACCAAGAAAAGCAAUAGUUGGGAGAUAUGGUUUUCAUGGGAAAUGGCAGUGAUUGGAUAUCCUUCUGGGUUUUUGUCAACAGUUUUAGUCAUGUAUGUCGUUGGCUACUUUAAUAUUACACCACAGCCAGGUAGAAGAAAAAGAAGAAGAAGCCUUGUUAGGCAUGGUCUUUUUGGUUUUUUAUGCAUUUGAUAUAUGUUCUUAGUGUUUGUUGUUAUAAAUAAGGGCUUGUAAGGUCUUCAUGCUGUGUCCUUAGUUGCUGCACUACUGCUUCCCUAUU